AUGGAAUCACAUUUUAAAGGAAAAUUAACAAUUCAUUAUUUACCAGAUUCUUCAGCUAAAAUGAACCCAUUUCACUUUGAUCAAACUUGCUUGGGAUUAUCAAAUAACUACAAUUUGGAAAUGCCAAUUGAGUUUAAUACAACUUCAGGUAUUGGUUUCCUACAAGUUCAACAAAUUACUCCUCAUAAUGAAGUAAUAUUGCAUAAUUAUACCGGUCAUUCAUUAAAUAAGUUAUUUAAAAAAGAUUACUCACAUUUAGACAAAUUAAAAAACAAAAACAGCGAUUACGGAAAGGUGUUUUAUUUGGAGUACCCAAUUAGAGAGCCAGGAAUGUACAAAUUAAAGAACAUUUUCGACAAGAAAGGUAACAGCAUAAGAUCGUAUAAGUCAGAGUUUAUAAUAUCGAAUUGUCCACUGGCCAAAUUUUUCUAUCCACCACAUUUCAAUUUUGAUAAGAAUUACAAAUGCCUAAGCAAUCUCGAACAAGACUCAUUCCCAGUCCCAUGGUUAGAAGCGUAUGGUCCAACUCCAGAGUUUGUAAAUGUUGAUAUAAAGUUGGAUGGAAGACAAUUCAAAUCCUUAAACAUUACCAUACAGCAAGAAAUUGAUAAUAGUAUUAAAUUGCGGACAUCUGAUUAUAGUUAUUUAAAACCAGUUAAAUUACUUCGAAAUUCAUUAGAACAAUCCAUUAUUUCAAAUAUUCAAGAUUUAAAAGUUAAUUCGGAUUCAAUAUUGGAAUUUCAACUAAUAUCAAUUCAAGACUCCUUUGGUAAUUUACAUAGAUAUCAACCACUUUCAAAAGAUAAAGAUGUAUGGUUCAAGUUAAAGUUGAAAAAUUCUCCAACUGUCACAUUAAUAGACUAUCACAAGGAUAAAAAGUUGUUGAUCGAUGGAACCAAGACAUUGCAUAUUUCAAAUUCUGAACAAUUCCAAGAGGAAGAUUUUCCAGUUGAAGUUACAUUAUCUCAUGAUGGAAACAAUCUCACCAAAGUAUUUGAAGAUAGAAAACAGCUUAAAGAAGGAAUUAGAGUUGCAGAACCAGGUUUAUAUGAAUUAAUUACUGCAGAAAAUAAAUUUUGUCCAUGUAAAAUAGCAGAUUCAAAGCCAUUGAAUGUAAUUUUAGCAGACACUCCACAAUUAAAUAUUGUCGCACAACCAGAAAGUGAUAGAUGUUUAGGUGUUGUGGGUUAUAAAUUUGAUUUCAAUUUCACUGGUGAAAGUCCAUUCAAAGUUCAAUACCAAAUUUACUCAAAUAAGUCUGGUAAAUUAAGACAUGUUCACACAGACUCUGGUAAAAUAAAUCGUGAACUUAUUUCUCGUCAAGCCUCACAUUCCUUCAAAUUUCAACCACCAAGUGAGGGUAGUUAUACUAUAGUAUUUAGUAACUUAAAAGAUAGUAAUUAUUUUGAAAAAGGUUUUCCAUUAGAUGAGUCCAAGUAUAGAUAUGAAACAUAUUUCAGACAAGCCUCAGAAAUUUCACUAAAAUCUCAUAGUCCAGUCAUAUAUACUUGCUAUGGAGAAACGGCUAAAAUACCAAUGCACUUCAAAGGUAACGGUCCAUUUUCAUUUGAUUAUGACUUUAUUGAUCCUCAUAACAAGAAAAAGUUGGUAUCCACAAUACAUGAAAAGAAUGUCACUAGUUAUUUUAUUGAAACUCCAAAAUCAUUGAUUGGAAAAAACUACGAAUUAAAACUAAGCAAUGCAAAAGAUAAGUUUGGUUGUAAUGCUAAAAUAAUGAAUCAGGAUAAAGCUGUUAAAGUGAUUAGUAGACCAGAUAUUCCUGAGAUUGAAUUACAACAAGGCAAAAAGCAAAUAAUUGAUGGAGGAUAUGUUGAUAUCCCAUUAAGUUAUAAAUCUUCAAUUGGACCGAAGUCAAAUGAUGUUAUCUAUUUGAAACGCUGGAACUUAAAUGGGGAAGAAAUGAAAUCCCAAAGAGCUGAAUUAAGAGGAUCAUCUAUUAGAUUACAUGAAGAAGGAAUAUAUGCUUUAGAUUCUUUCGAAAAUGAUGGAUGUAAAGGUAAAAUAAUGAAUAAAGAUCAUAAAAUUACAAUAACUUAUUUUGAAAAACCAUCAUUGUCUAUAUCCUCCGCUGAUGAAUAUUUACAACACAAGGACGAUUCUACAAUUCAUCUAAAAUCUGUUUGCAAUGGUCAAGUUAAUGAAUUAAAUUUAGUAUUAAAAGGUGCAGCUCCAUUUUUAGUAGAUUAUGAAAUUAAAUUGCCCAAUGGUAAAAUUGAAGCUCAUACAAUGACUAUAGAAAAUCAUGAGAUAAAGAUUAAAUUACCUAGUAGAGAAAAUGGUCAAUAUGAACAUAAAUUCAAAAGAAUUUUUGAUGCAAGAUAUACUAAACAUAGUGGGAAAUCAGUUAUGGCAAAUACUCCAACUGUUAUUUAUGAAGUAAAUCAAUUACCUUCUGCCCAGUUCAUAUCGGGAAAACAUUUUUCACAAACUUGUGAAAAUAAAAUAAAUAAUGAUGAUUUGUUGGUUAAAAUCCCUAUAAAGUUAUCAGGCUCCUAUCCAUUUGAUAUCGAAGUUACCAUCAAGAAUGAAGAAACUGGUAAAUCAAUUCCACUUAGUUUCAAAAAUAUUUAUGAACCAUUUUUACCAUUGAACAGUAUGAAGUUUUUUUCAUUAGGUGACUAUUCAAUUAAAAUUGACAAAGUCUCAGAUGCGAAUGGAUGUACUAAAACUUUGAAUACGACUAAUCAAAUCAAUUAUGUCUUAUCAAUAACCGAGCCACCAAACAUUUUUAAGGCUUUGCCUCAAAAAAAUCAUUAUUGUGUUGGAGAUCACGUUGCAUAUAAUUUGUCAGGUGUACCACCAAUAACAAUAUUUUAUGAAUACAAUAAUAUUAAUAGAAAAGCAGAACUGUAUAAUCAUUUUGAAAGAUUAGCUUCAAAACCAGGUAUAUUAAACAUCAACGCAUUAAAAGAUUCCGGAGAAAAUCAAUGUUUAGUUAAUUUUACUAAAAAUUCCGAUAAAUCGAAAUCUUUACAAUUACAAGUCCAUAAUUUACCAAGUGUUGAAAUAAAUAAAGGUGAUUAUUUAAUUGAAGAUUUACAUGAAGGUGAUCAAACAGAAUUAGUAUUUACGUUUUUAGGUGAUCCACCGUUUAGUUUAACAUAUAUUAGAACUAUUGAUAUAAAACAAGGUCAUAAAAAAGUACGUAAAUUAUUAGAAAAGGAAACUAUAAACAAUAUAUGGGAUUUUGAAUAUGUUGUAUUAGCAAGUCUUGAAGGUACUUAUGAAGCAAUUGAAGUUGAAGAUAAAUAUUGUCGAGCUGUGAAAACAAUAGAUUAUGUAGAAUGA